AUGACUACACAACACUAUGACACCCUGAUUGUUGGCACCGGUAUUGGUGGUAUCUAUCAGCUACAUACCUCUCUUCAAAUGGGUCUUUCCGUCAAGGCAAUUGACCUUGCCGGCGGCGUCGGUGGUACCUGGUACUUCAACAGAUACCCGGGCUGCAUGAGCGACACGGAGAGUUAUCUGUACAGAUACUCUUGGGACAAGGAUGACUUGCGCGACUACCCAUGGCCAAACACCUAUAUCAAGCAAGAGGAAAUCCUCAAGUAUCUCAACCAUGUCGUUGACAAGUAUCAUCUGCGUCAGCAUAUGCAGUUCAACACCGAAAUGCAAUCUGCAGACUGGGAUGAUGAGGCCAAGGUGUGGAAGGUCGUUUGUGGAACAGGGGAUAUCUUCAUUGCGAGAUAUCUUGUCACAUCCUUGGGCCUCCUAUCCAAGCAGAACAUUCCAGACAUCCCUGGAAUCGACACGUUCAACGGAGAAAUCACCCAUACCGCUGCUUGGAGCGAAGACAUUGACAUCACCAACAAGCGCGUUGCGGUUGUCGGCUGUGGAUCUACCGGGACGCAGGUGGUAAACGCAAUUGCCGACAAAGUCAAGUCACUGCACGUUUUCGUUCGCAACCCGCAGUACUCCGUUCCCAGUGGCUUUCGGCCCGUCUCCGCUGAAGAACGAGAAGACAUCAACCAGAGGUACGACAAGAUCUGGGAAGAAGUACGCAACUCGAGCGUUGGCUUCGGCUUUGCAGAGUCUACGGUUCCAUGCAUGUCAGUGUCACCCGAAGAGCGAGAACGGAUCUUCGAAGACCUGUGGCAAAGAGGCAACGGGUUUCGGUUCAUGUUUGGCGGCUUCUCCGAUAUUGUCGUCAGCAAGGAGGCCAAUGAAGAAGCCUGCAAAUUCGUCCGGAAGAAGAUCGCGCAAAUUAUCAAGGAUCCCAAGAAAGCGGCUAUCUUGACACCUCACCAGUACUACGCUCGUCGACCUCUUUGCGACAGUGGCUUCUACCAUCAAUUCAACCGGGAGAACGUCCAUGCCGUCGAUGUUAAGAAGGCACCAAUCACUGCCAUCACUAGCCAAGGAAUCCAGACGGAGGAUAAUGAGCUCCACGAGGUUGACGUCAUUGUCUUUGCUACUGGCUUUGAUGCUAUAGACGGCAACUACACCAGGAUUCGGAUCCGCGGACGCAACGGCCUCACCCUCAAGGACUACUGGACUUCUGGGCCGACAGCCUAUCUCGGGAUAUUUGUCCCGAAUUUCCCCAAUCUGUUCAUGAUCAAUGGCCCCAACGGUCCUUUCUGCAACAUCCCCCCUGCUGUGGAGACUUCAGUGGAGUUUAUCAACGACACCAUUACGAGAGCUGAAAGAAUGAGAAAGACGGCAUCGAAAUCGGACUUUGUCGUCGAGGCGUUGCCAGAAGCCGAAAGCGAAUGGGGAGCAGUUUGUAAUGAAGCAGCGGACGGAAAUUUGUUCAAGGAAAUGCAAUCCUGGAUCUUUGGUGCAAACGUGCCUGGCAAGACUCAGGCAACUCGAUUCUACUUUGGGGGGUUGCGUCAGUUUAGAGGGGCUAUGGACGAGGUCAGAGCAAGCAAUUACCGGGGAUUUACCAUGUAG